AUGGCUUCACUCUUGGAGUGUUGCAGACCAGCGCGGCGUCAGCUGCAGGACCCUACUCGUCCUCUGGAGAUGGAGGUGUUUGGGACGAAUGCUACCAAAAUUGUGAUUCGUUCCAUCGCCGCACAAGCCGCCCUCGUUAGUGACCAGAGUACGAGGCUGGCGGGUCGGCUUGUGUUGGCGGUGCGAAGGAGCAACUGUUCUGAGGACGCCGGAGAUCGCCGCGGCCUGGAAUUUCGAGUGCACGCUGUCCAGGGCCUGCCUCCGGCUUGCAAGAGCGAGAUCCGAGUGGCGCGCGAGACCAACGUUGGCAAGCUGGCCGGAGCUAUCGCCCAGAGGAUCCGGGAAGACGGGGUGGCCCUGGUGCGUGGCGCAGGCGCUGUGGCUCUGAAGCACCAGCUUAGUGCCGUCGCUAUCGCGUCCGGCUACCUGGAAGAAAGGGAUGAACUCGGUGGCUAUGAAUUGGUGGCUCUACCACGAUACGAGGACCUGGUGGAUCCUUCCGGCGGACGUGGGCAGAUGUGGACGGAGUUUGCACUGACGGUCUACAGGCUCCCAGUCUCCUAG